AUGACUCGCAAAUCCACUACGGGCAGGUCGAAGACUGUCGUCAGAGCGUGUCAGUCCUGUCGAGGGAAAAAGAUUCGGUGUGACGCCUCGAGGCCGCGUUGCACACCUUGCAUCAGUCAGAAUAAGGAAUGCGUCUAUCGUUUUGGAACCCCGAGGGAACGACCCACGCUUGCUCGAAUCAAUGAUCUUGAACGGGAGCGGUCUGCCCUCACAUCAUUUAUUGAAAGUCUCAAGGAUGCAUCGGUAGAGGACCGAGAUCUGUUGCUCUCGUCCACCUCGCACCGUGAAGUUCAACGUGAAGCGCCUCGGUUGGCCUCGGAAUCAGAACCCCAGGUGCAGGAAGACUCCGGCGAGCGGGCAAUCCUUACCAAAAGCGGCCACGACAGCGGACGCCGGGGAAGUUUGAUCAGUUGUAUCGAGUCCGAAGAAGAUGAGCUAGACGUGGUGCAGUUCAUCUCGAUCGAUGAGUCUGGAAAUCCAGAAUCCUUCGGGCCGUCAUCUGCAUUGUACGUUCCACCGUAUAAUGGCCUGUCGCCGCGGACGGGCCUGACUCGGAACGUGGGACAGGAGCACAGGAAAAAUAGCCUGAUCGCGAAUGCUGCGUUACAGCGACAAGCCGAGCAUCGUCUCGCUGCCUUGCCGGAUAUUGCGGGCGUACCGACUCACUUGGCGCUGCACCUACUGAAUGUGCACUGGGCGCGCCAGCACCACACUUUUCUCUUGACAUAUCGGCCAGCGAUCAUGCGCGACAUACAGCAGAACGGACCGCACUCUUCAGCAUUUCUCCUGAAUGCCAUAUUUGCUUGUUCGAGCAAGUUCUCGGACCAUGCGCAAGCCCAGCCAUUAUUUUUUCUCGAGAGGUGUGAUCAGCUUCUGGCAGAGCAGCAGUUGUUGAUCUAUUCAACCAUCCCCACCGUGGUCGGCCUUUUAUUACUGGGAUCGACCUACAAUUCCCGCGGCGAAACCUCCAAGGGAUGGCUGUUCACCGGAUAUGCGCUGCGGAUGGUGUAUGAUUUCGGACUCCAUCUUGACCCCCAGGAAACGAGCGACAGCGCCGAAGAGAUCGAAAUCAGACGACGAAUCUUUUGGGGAGCCUUUAUCUGUGACAAGCUGCAAAGUCUCUAUCUUGGGCGGCCGCCGGCUAUCAAUGUCCGAGACUGCCAGGUUUCCCGCGACUUUCUCGACACUUUCGAGGAAAUGGAAGCGUUCAUCUCCUCGAACCCCUUGGUGUCUCCCAUCUAUUCGGUGUCCACAUUCCGGCAACUCUGUGCAUUGUCCAAGAUCAUGACCGUCAUUAUCAACAGAUUCUACGCGGUCGGUGCCACCGUUUCCAACGCCGUUUCGAGCCUGCAGAUGGUGGAGGCGGCACUUCAAAAAUGGGAACAGAAUCUCCCCCCAGAGCUAGACGUGUCCGAGCAUCUCCUGCCCAGAGACAGUUCCAAUAUAACUCAAACGGAAUACCCGGCGCCGAAUGUCCUGAAUCUGCACGGGAUCCACCAGUCUCUCAUUAUCCUGCUCCAUCGCCCCUUCAUCUCGGAUGGUCACCUGCGAGCUACCACCGUGCCCCUGCGGUCUUGGGAGCAAUGCACACUUGCAGCGGACAGGAUCUCUGCCGUUGCCCGGUGCUACAAGCAGGCUUACGGUCUUGCCAAAGCUCCUUACAUCAUGGCCUACUGCAUCUACGUCGCUUGCACGAUCCAUGUCCGCAAUGCAGCCAGCGAGGGAACUGGAAAUCAUUGUGGUCGCGCGGCGCAUGCUUCCCUUCUCACCUCGAAUCUGGAUUAUCUGGACGAGAUGUGCGCGACGAACCCAGGCGUCAAGCGUCCGGCAAGCAUCAUCAGGAAGCUCAUCUCGGCGAACAACAUCAAUCUGGCAACCGAGCCAAGCGUUUCCUCAAGUCAACCCGCACCCGAGCUCAAUUUGGAAUUCAUCUUUGGCACGUUUCCCGGUGGAGCGGAGCUGCUCGGGCAUGGGCAAGGCCACGGACAAGGACAGGGGCAAGUACAAGGGCAAGUACAAGGGCAAGGGCAAGUGCAUGGAGCCCACGGCAUGGCUCUGGAUGUUGAUUGUAUAUUAGAUCCAUUGUUCGGCUUCAUGGACACGUCUAUGAUGCCGAAGCCUGAUAACCUUCCAGAUUCUGAUGAACUUACAGGGGGCGAUCAUAUGAUUUGA